GUCAGUUUGAGAUAACAUGCUGUCAUUCACAAUCAUUUCUUGAUCAUUCUUCAUCUCAUACAUUCACUCAUCCAUCUAUCCAUCGUUCUCUUCUUCUUUCCAUUCCUUACUCAUUUUCUUCUGUUUCCCUACUUUUUUUUCCCUGGCGACAUACUUGUGUCUUUUUAGGAUAUUUUGAUCAUCAACACUAUGCCGCCGCUACCCCCUCCACAAGCCCCAGCGCCUAAGUUACCACACUCACGUCAAGUAGUAGCCAGAUUAGCCCCCGAGAUAACCCUCCAUAUUCUCUCUUUCUUACCUUACCAUGACCAUCCAAGUGUCCUUUGGCCCAUCCUGACUCUCUGCAAGUCCUGGGCUCGCCUUGCUCUCGAACUCCUCUAUGAGCAGCCUGUUUUGUCUCGUAGCUCAAUCGAUGCUUUCAUUACAACCCUUUCACUCCAAGAUAGACUCAACGGCGAAACAAUCUUCUGGGAUACACAACCGCCUGUUCCUCAUGCGCGUCACAACCUUGGCAUUGACUAUCGCUCUCUUAUUAAAAAACCUUGCCGCAUCAUUGGCCCCGACGACUUUGUCAAGGAGGACUUGAUCCAACUUUGGGAUCUACAGGCACUUCUCUGGACAGCGCCUGCUUUCUCAAGGAUUGGCUUUUCUUCGUCCUCCUCUGCUUCGGCUUUGUUGAGCCCAACUGGUCCAAAAACAUCUAUUUUGCCUUUAUCUAACAUAACAGCUUCUACAACUCCUUCUGAAUCAUUGAAUAUUACUACAUCUACACAUCCACCAACCUCUACUAAGCCUGUCCUACAACGGCGAAAGAAAAGGUCAUUACCGCCACCAGGGCCUGUUGUUAUGCUACUGGAUGUAUCCAGAGUCAUUUCAGAUCCAAUUCAUGAGAUUCUUCGCGAAGUCCCUGGGAUGAAAUUGCAACGGCUCUACUACAAGUGGCUUUUAAAAGUUCCACUCCUGGAGCUUCUUGAAAUGAAUCUGCCAUAUCUUCAAGAGCUGACAUUUUCGCGUCCACCUACAAGGCAUAACGAGUUUAUGGCUGUAGCUGAGAUUCUUGGCCGGGCCAAGCAACUUAGGUCCUUAACACUCGACCACUGUCAGGCAGCAGGUAAUACUGUUCUUACACAGCUUGCUCGAUCUUGUGGAUCGUCAUUAAGGACACUGGAGAUCCGCCAGCCUAUCACGAUCAGGCCCAUGGGUAAUCACUCGCUCUUUCCUGUCGAUGGUCCUGCGGACUGGGAUAAUGGUAGCAAUCAGAAUUAUAGCAAUAAUAAUGCCGGUAAUAAUUAUGAUAAUGCGGAAAUGGAGGGAUCAUGUCACAUCUGUUCACAAUGCUUCAGCCUCAGUACUGUGGAUACAGCAGAAGGAUCAGCAGAGAGCAAUGUCAGCGAGCUUAGCGUACCAGAAGCACCAGUAAUAACUCCUUCGGCGACGGUUGCACUGGGCAGUAACAUCUCAGUGCAAGUAGAUGUUGAAUCCAGGACUGAUUUAGCACUCAAAGAGCUUAGCCACCACUGUGCACAUUUAGCACGCCUUCGGUUGCAACAUCUUACUUGGCUCUCGGACGACUCAUUGGCCGACUUUCAACCUUGCUGGGACGGUAGCGAGAAGAGAGAAGGAUUGGUGGAGAUUGAGCUUCUGGAUUCGUACUAUGGAUCACAGGUGACAGUGGAGGGUCUACUGGAUCUAUGCGGGCCUAGACUAAAGGUUUUCGUUGUGGACAGGAAAUCCUGUUGGCGUACAAGGACCAACCUCAAGGCGGAAAAGCACCCGUCAUCUAGGCUUAGCAGAGCUUGUUCUCGCUGUCAAGAAAUAGGUCAGAGCAUGGUCAUAUCAACAGGCGAUCGACUUGUAUCAGGACUAAUGCACAGAGAGAACAACACGAAGAGGAUACGUUGGUUGGAGACACUAGUGUUGAUCGAGCACUGGGUAUCCCUACCUAUACUUAAAGCUGCCUUAGAGUGCUGGUUUUUAACCUUGCGAGUCUUGAACGUCCGUUUGUUUAAAUGCUCCAUGGAGAAUCUAUCAAAUGCAUUGAAUCCUGUGACAUCUGAAAUAUGCUCAAGUGCACUAGAGAACAUUACACUAGGUCUCCCGUGGGUAGAUGUUGGUAGCGACGAUGUUUCAGAGCUAGUGAGAAGGACUUUUGCGACCCACAUGAGUCUAAGUUGUCUCGAGAUUAACAAGCAUAUCUGGCAAAGGAAAGAUGUCGGUGUUUCAGAAGGUCCUGCUUCGUCAAGUUGAAGCCUCAAAAACUUGUGUGCAACACAGAAAAAUAUAUAUGGCGGGGACAUUUCAUGAUACGGAUUGUCUCUUUUCAUCGAUCAGUCAACCAUUACCGGCAUUAUUGGCUAAACUAAAAGUUCCAUGGCUCAACUUUCGAUCGUUGAAAAAAAUUGGACAAUCGGCAGAACCACCUUUUCUCCUUAUUUUCGUCUAUCCCCUGGAUGGCCCUUUUUUUUAUUUUAUUUUAUUUUAUCAAAAAUUGGUAUAAACUCCUUUCGCCUUUUUGUUUUCCAAUACAACUAGGCAUUGGAAUAUGGAGGCAUAUGUGUUAUAUGUCAUAAUGCGACAGAUUUUAGCGGUCUGUUCGCCUUCUUCCUGUCGGGACACAACCUUAUCGAAAGACUUCCUUCCGAGCUUCGAAGGUUGCGGGAAAAAAUAAAAUAAAAUAUGUCAUCUUGUC